UAAGUGGUAUAUAGAAUGUAUAGUGUAAAGUAAGUGUAAAGUGUGCCAGUGGUUAUAGAGUCCAAGAUGGUUGCAGAUAUAGUGCGUUUAAAGUUCUUAAAGUCCUCAUUUUACGCACCGAUUUGACGCACGAACCCAAUAAACGUGACCCACUGACCCAGAUGAAAGAACUUUCAAAAUAAAGACUUUUUUUCCCCCUCAAGUUAAGUCUUUUUCUGUGUUUACACUUCUCGCUUUCUCUCUCCCUCUCCACUUUGUACUCAUGCAUGCUGCAGGACUGCUUUAGUAUUGUUGGGGCACUAGAGUGAUUGGGUUUUUUUUCUGUACAAUCUCCCGUGACCAAUGAGCGGGGUGCUGUCAGGGGUAACCACAUCUGUCAACCAGUUCUUGGCCAAUAAAGAGCGGAGCGAGGCGGACCACAGGUGCGCGCCUCUUCUGCGUCCCCUUGGCACAGCGCCCGGGUAGAGAUGCUGGAGAAGAGAGACGCCUAAAGAAGCUUGCCCCCGUGGCGCAAAAAAAAAAAGAGUUACUGUCAGUGUACUCCUUUUUUAACUAUCACUCUGCUCUCCGAUAGUUAUGGCGACCGCAACAUCCAACAACCACUACAGCGUCCUCAGCAGCACCCCCAGCAGCGCGCCGCCGUCGCAGCCUCACUCGGAGUCCGGGAGCAUGCAGCAGGCGGCAGCGUACAGGGACGCGCACACUUUGCUCCAGAGCGACUACGGCACGUUACCGGGCUCCGGUGGCGGUGUAGGGCAUCCGCUCAGCCACGCGCACCAGUGGAUAACGGCGCUGUCUCACGGUGGCGGUGGAGACAGCGUGGCACCUUGGUCAUCAUCUAGUCCCCUCGGAGAGCAGCAGGACGUGAAGCCCACGGUGCUGCACGACAGUGACCGAGAGGAGCUGCAGAACUCCUCCAGCAGUCUGCAGCAGCAGCAGCAACAGCGACACCCUCACCUCGCGCACCAGCAGCAGCAGCAGCAGCAGCAGGCGCAUCACGACGCAUCACGAGCAUGGCGCACCAGCACAGCCACCACGCACAUUAUCCCCGGUAUGGCGACGUCUGAAGGCCAGAGUUUAGUGUAUUCACAGUCCGGUUUCGGUCUGGAGCAACAAGGUGGGAUGCACCACCACCCAUCGCUGCGAGACGAGGACCACCACAGCCACAGCCCGCACCUCAGUGAGCACGGAGGGGCCCACCAGCACCAGCACCAGCACCAGCAGUCUCUCUCACACCACCAGCAGCAGCACCAGCACCACGGGGGCCACCAGGACCACUCGGACGAGGACACGCCGACGUCGGACGAGUUGGAGCAGUUUGCAAAGCAGUUCAAGCAGCGACGCAUCAAGCUGGGUUUCACCCAGGCGGACGUGGGUUUAGCUCUUGGGACUCUUUAUGGAAACGUUUUUUCUCAGACCACCAUCUGCAGGUUCGAGGCGCUGCAGCUCAGCUUCAAAAACAUGUGUAAACUCAAGCCCCUGUUGAACAAGUGGCUGGAGGAGGCGGACUCCACGUCGGGGAGCCCUACGAGUCUGGAUAAAAUCGCAGCACAGGGGAGGAAAAGGAAAAAGAGGACCUCCAUCGAGGUGGGCGUUAAAGGGGCUCUGGAGAGCCAUUUUCUCAAAUGUCCAAAACCUGGAGCGGCGGAGAUCACCUCCCUGGCGGACAGCCUGCAGCUGGAGAAGGAGGUGGUGAGGGUUUGGUUUUGUAACAGGCGGCAGAAGGAGAAGAGGAUGACACCCGCUGGGGGACAGAUAGCAGGAGGAGAGGACAUGUAUGGAGACACCCCUCCUCAUCAUGGAGGAGGACAAACUCCUGUGCAGUGACACUUCAGUGUGUUAUUCUGAGCAAAAACGCAGGACCCCUUAUAAUAAGGAUGCCUCCUUUUAUUUGUUUGAUUCUCUUGUGCUGGACCGCUUGGAAACUGGACCUGAGCCAGUUUUUAAAAUGUUGGACACACACAUAGUGGUGGAAAUACAUCAAGCACUAAAAAUACGCAUAGCAGAGAGAGUAUGGAGAGGUUUCACGCCAUGCAUAUUUGGGGAUACCAAAUGGUUGGUGUGUUGGUGUGUGCUAACCAAAAAAAAAAAGAAAGAAAAAAAAACAACAACAUUGAUACGAAAAAUUGCUUUUUCUAUACCUUCUACCGAGGCGCCCAAAAUGUGUCGUUAUGUAAUGUGUCAUUAAAGAAAGGCAGAGUGUUGAUGUUGGACACGAGGUGUCCGCAGGGGGUAAAAUAUAAAAACAAGGCUUCAGGGCGAGAUGAGAAGUCAGUGCAGUCAGUUCAGUGUGCGUAAAUAAACGCCAUCUUUCCAUCAUAACAAAAGCAACAGGGGUUUCAUCGCAGCUUGUGGUAAAGAAAGAGAGAAAGAGAGAGGGGUUGAAAUGGCAGGCACCUGCUGUAAAAUGUUCAAAAUUCAAGCCAAUACCAGCUUUUACUAGUAUUAUUAUUAUUUUUAUUAUUAUAUAAUUCUGAGGAUAAAUUUAAAGUGGUGUGGCCUAUUGAUUCUCAGCUGCAUCCAUAAUUUAUUAAAAAAAAUUCCUCCCCUUGCUUUAAAAUUUCUUAUAAUAAUAAUAAUGAUAAUAUUAAUGUUAUACCAUAGAGACUGAGUAUUGGUUCACUUUAAUGCUUUUUCUUUCAUGUGCAGACAUUUUUCUGUGCGCCUGUUUACAGUGUGUUUUUUGCUGUUUGUUAUUUCUGUACUUUUUCCAAAAUGCUGUGAAGAGAAAGACCGAGACUGUCUUGGCUGGAAACACUCAAAGCAAAUCCAGCCCAUUUUGCCUUCCUUUUACUAAGAAGAUAAAAAAAACACUGAAUAUAUCCUGGUACCAGCUCUGGCCGCAGUGGCUAUACUACUACUACUACUACUACUGUGUGACUCAUUCAUCCACUGAGAGAAGACUAUUUGUGGGAUGUAUCUCAAUUUUUUUUUGUAUGGCUUCGUUUGUUUGUUUGUUUGUUUGUUUGUUUGUAUGUUUGUUUGUUUGUUUGCUCAGUUUUUCUCUCUGUCAGUCUGUGCCAAAGCACAAACACAGACACGUGUUCUUGUGCCACUUAAAUCCUGUGAUUAAUAACCUGAUCUGAUAUAGUGGGAGGUUAUUAUUGAGGGGAAAUUAGUUGGGGAUGAAUUUCUCUGACUGAAAUCUGAAGAAAAUCUAGAAAUUCAGAAACUCAAAUCCAACUGAAGGAUGUAGAUGACAUAGGGGAGAAAAUGCAAUAUUUUUAAUAACCCAUAAUAUGAAUUUUAGACAAUUUCUAUGAGACGUUUUUACAUUUCAAAAACGAUGAAUGUAUUAGGCCCAUGUUUACAAUGCCAGAGUCCCUUUUUUAUUAUUAUUUCAUUGCAAAAUCAAUAAAAGUGAAGCAUAGCAAUAUUUUACGCAUUGUUUUGUAAUACGCCCACCAGGUCUUUAUUAUAAAGGGUAUAUACAUAAUAAUUCGCCCUUAAUUUAAAUAAUACUGUAAUUUAAAAAUAAUAAUUCUGACUACAUCACAAGUAAAUUCUUCAGUUGAAUUUGAGUUUCUGAGGUGGAAAAAAAAAAAAAAAUCAAAACCAAAACAAAAUAGCAUCGACCUGAAAUCUGUGAUCAAAUGAAGAUGAAAAAGAAAUCAAACGAUUGCACAAUUUCUAUAUGCUUUUUUGUCAUUAAAUCGUAUUUGUUUUCUAUAAAAAAAAAA